AUGGGAUCCCAGCAAGCCGUACUGGGGCAUCGACUGCUGUGCUUCCGAGCCCCAUCCUUCCCAAGUCCGGUACGAUGUCUUGUUGACCUCAGAGCCAGGUCAGACGGUAUAGUUGGCAGGUUAUUAAACAACUGCUUUAAUUACCCCUCUCGCUCUUACGAUGCGCUGCGUUUGAGCGAAGGUGACAUCCCAGGAAUUAUGCCACAGUACCAUGGAGCUGGUGUGGUGUUGGACAGCUGGAGCUUGCCUCUGGUGGGCCAGGACUACCUGGAGAUCCUCUCUGCCUGGUACUGCGGCUUCGGCAAGUGCUGCAAGACAGGAGACUGCAGGAUAGUCAACAACGUCACAGGGCUGGAAGCAGACCUCAAUGGGCAGCUCCAUGGGCAGCACUUGGCCAAAGAAGUUGUCGUCCGGGCGGUGCAAGGGUUCUUGCAGACACCACAGCCGCAGAAGGCUCUGGUCCUCUCCUUCCAUGGCUGGUCCGGCACAGGGAAGAACUUUGUGGCCCGGAUGCUGGCCAGUCACCUGUACCGGGAUGGGGUGAAGAGCGAGUGUGUCAGGGUGUUCAUCUCGCUCUUCCACUUCCCCCAUCACAAGUACAUGGAGUCAUACAAGGCUCAGCUGAAGAAGCAGAUAAGCGAGACUAUGCAGCUCUGCAAGCAGUCCCUGUUCAUCUUCGAUGAGGCAGAGAAACUUCAUUUUGGCCUCCUGGAUGCCAUCAAGCCUUUCAUGGCUCGCAAUGACAAUGAGGGCCAGGUGGACUACCGGAGAUCCAUCUUCCUCUUCCUCAGCAAUCUCGGUGGCAACACCAUCAAUGAGGUAGCCCUGGACUUCUGGCGAGCUGGCCGGGCGCGGGAGGAGAUCUCCAUGGAGUUCCUGGAGCAGCGGCUGCGGCUGGAGCUGCUGGAGCCUGCAGAUAAUGGUUACGCCCGCAGCCACCUCCUCGAAGAGAACCUCAUUGAUUUCUUCGUGCCAUUCCUGCCCCUGGAGUACCACCACGUGAAGCUCUGUGCGCGGGAUGCUUUCCUGGCCCGUGGACUUCCGUACACCGAGGCAGCCCUCGACGAGGUGGCCAGGACGAUGGUGUUUGUCCCUAAAGAGGAGAAGCUUUUCUCUGCACAGGGCUGUAAAUCUGUACCCCAGCGCAUCAAUUACUUCCUUCCUUGAACACCAGGUGGGACUACACCAGUGGUGAAGGUGGUUCUGCACACUGGGAGCUGCUCUCCUUGGCAAGGUCAGGCAAGCAGGUUCCC